UUCGCUGACGAGCUUUUUCCUCUUUGGAAUCAGCCACAAAGUUGAGUUGGCUGUCACAGUCUUCGGAACGAUUUUGCUCCUUUUGCUCUAAUCAGCCAGCGGUCCCACUCUUCCACAAACCAGCUUCCAGUGUCCCGUCAGCUAGCAAGCCCGUUUGUGGUCAUUGGUGCCGAAAUCCAGGAACAACACACGACGCAGCAGCGAUGCCCCCAGCCGUGAAAGUGUCCGCCGACGGGGACAAACAUCUGAGCGACAUUACGGCGAUCCUGUUCUGCAAGGACCACGUCUUCACUUCCGGUGGCGACGGAAAGAUCAAGGUAUGGACCAAAGAUCUAGUCCUCAAAAAAGAAGUAGCCGUUCACGAGGCAUGGAUCUACGCGAUGGCCGUCGAUUCGCAAGGCCGGAUAUACAGCAGCAGUGCCGACGGAACGAUACGUUCUCUAGCUGAUCCGCUGCAGUCGGACAAGGUCGAGGAACUGCUCAAGUGCAGCGACGAUAUUGAGUCCCUGUUUGUAGAUAGUAAGGACAACCUUUACAGUGGCGAUGACAAGGGAAUCAUAACGAUGUGGGUAGAUAGAAAGAUCAAGUUCAAAUUCAACCUAGUCGAACAGAUGCGAUCAAUCGCCGUACAAAACAACUUUAUCUACUCGAUUCGGGACAACGACCUCACGAUUACGGAGGUCCUGGAAGGUUCCUCCACCGGACGUUACAUUACCAAGGCGAGCAUCCCCGGCAAGUGCCCGGUGACGUUGAGUGGAUCAUACGCCAACACAACCAACAGCCACGUGACGAUCGUGACACGCGACGGCCUCGGAGUUGUCUGCAUCAAGAACAACAGCAAGGAACACUUCCCCGUGCUGUGGACCAAAGAGAAAGCCCACGACAUGAUCAUCAACUGCAUCCUGGGAGCGGGAGAGGACCUGCUGUACACGGCCGGCUACGACGGUAUCGUGAAGCAGUGGAACGGCCUCGACAAGGAUCCCAAGCUCGUGUCCGAGGUGAACAUCGGCGGAGGGUGCCUGAAUGCGCUCUGCCUGGGCACGGAUCGGUCCACCGUUUACGUCGGCGGCAGCGACGGACUGCUGCGGGCGGUGCAGUUCUCCUAAUCGUAAUACGGGGCGAGAGGGAAGAGAGUCGACAAAUGCUGCAAAGUGCCAUCAACCAAAAAAACGGAGGGAGUGAUUUUUUACUGCUUAUAUUAAACAAAUUUUUGUUUUUCUUUUUGAAGAAGGUAAGUGAACGCUAGGUUCCUUACUAUUAUACAGUACCAACCAGAGAGAAUCUAACAAACCAAAGCACUCGGAGGUGAGCUACCAUCGGUAAUAAACAUCUCGAAAUCAAA